AUGUCGCUGAGUGACCUGGCCACCAAAGGCCUGUGUGGUCUGUGUAAGGAGGUGUCUCUAUCCGUGCUGCCCAGACUGUACAUGGAGGAGAUCAUGUUAGAGCUCGGGCGUCGGAACAUCGACGUACGCGGGGAGGGCGUCAGCAAGGACGACCUUGUCACCAUCCUGUACGAGCUUAUGACCUUAGAGUACCGUGAAAUCGACAAGAUGCACGGCGUCGAAGAAACGGAAACGGUCGCGACGGAAGAAGAUUCACUCACCAUCCUUCCGCAACAAGAAGGCGAACAAACGAUCCAACUUGAGACUGAGAGUGCUGUCCCGUCAACUUCUUCAACCAGCCAGGAAAUUCACGUGGAAAGUGCCGAGUCAGCAGACCCGCUAAACGCCUCGAUCGCGCAGCAACAAGCAGAGGAGAGCAUGCACGAGGUUCACACUACACUCGUCGACACCAACGGAAGCUGCACUUUCAGGUACAUCACUACAACCACGGAGGGUGGGAACAACGAGAGCACGGCCGCGAACGAAACCAACAUUUCCCCACUGGAAGAAAUCAUGGACACAAGCACAGAUUUGGUCCCAACCACAGACCUUACCGCAGCUCAACUCUCUACGCCUUCCUCCACUGAGCCUUCAGCGAGCCAGGCGGUAGCUUGUACUCCCACAGAAAGGGGACUAGCGGAGAAUGAAGUCAGGUACGUUGCAGUGCGGCCUUCCACCAUCUUCAGCGUGGCGUCUGCGGGACAGCAGCAGGUUGCUACGACGACAGUUCCCGUGGUUACCGUGGUGGUACCGAGGAUGGGACAGAACCCAGCUAGGGGGAUGCUGGAAGGAGAAGGGAUGGAGGGAGAUGAUGAUGAUGACUGUAGCAAUGAGGACGUCUCACAGGAAGACAAGGAGGCAGCACAGGACCUGGUGUACUUGUCUAUACCAGCCAACGAGGAAUCCCCAUCGCAGGUAUUAGUGAAGGAAGAACACCAGGCCUCGGCUUCACCGUUGGAAGAAACGACGCCCAAGAAGAUCCCCGUCCGGGACCGUAAGACGAAACGAUACCCGUGUCCUCACUGCGCGGAGGUGUACUACAUGAAACACCACAUGGACGUGCAUGUGAGACGCAAACACACCGGGGAGAAACCCUACAUGUGCGACCGCUGUGGACUCAGGUUCUUUGAGAAGCCUAAGAUGGAGGACCACAUCCGGACUCACACGGGAGAGAAGCCGUUCAAAUGUAAAGUCUGUGGACGAGCUUUCAAAGAUUACUCCAACCUGAACACACACAGACGCCUGCACACCGGCAUACGGCCGUACAAGUGUAAGUACUGCAGCUACGCCGCCAACGUGUCCGGGGACCUGAUCAAACACGAGAGAACGCACACCGGGGAACGGCCCUACGCAUGCGAGACCUGCGGCCGAGCCUUCGCAGACAAGUCAGCCUGGAGAAGACACAACAAGAUUCACACAGGUGAGAAACCCUUCCGAUGUUUCUGUGGAUAUUCAACCAACAGGAAGUGUAAUUUCAUGACUCACACCAAGAAGCAUCCCGGGGUUACGAUACUCGAGGGACAACGCAACGGGGAAGAAGUGGUUUUUGAACCUGUAGAAUCCGUUCUAUAGUUUAGUUACCAGAUUACAUGUACAUACUAACACAAAUGUGUGAAUUUGGAAUGAAAAAUAUGUGUCUCUACUGUUCAGUAGUGAAAUUUUACCUGAAGUAACCUGCAUACAUGUAUGUAUGUCAAGCCUUGUUCAUACAUAAGGACCUGGUUCCAUGUACCAUGUACAUUCAUGUACAAAUGUGUGAAAUUUGGGAUGGAAAAUGUACAAUACAAUAGAGAUGCUUAAAAC